GUUUCCGCGUCCUGUCACGAAAUGUAUCCCCUAACAAUUACAGGGAAGUCGACUGCUUUUCUAUAUAUGGACACGAUGCUACGCCGUGUUUUUUAAUUGAUGUUUUUGGCUUUACUCGGUCGAGUUUUGGUCAUAAAUGGAUUCCAAGGUUUCUGAAAGUAAAGAUUCUCGUUCUCUGAGACGCUCGACGCGACACACGUCAGUAUUGAGCUUUGAAGCGACCCCCAGGGGUCCUUUAAAGAGGGUCAGAAAGGACUUAGAAAAGAAAGCUCCUGGUGCAGUAAUCAAUGGUUCCAAAGAUGAGGAGAAGGACUUGGAAGAGGAAGAAUCCCCAAGCAAGAAGAGCCGGCUGGACACUGAAGGACCAGUGGACGGCAGGGGGGAUCAAGAUGAGAUGGAUGUCCAGGAAUCAGGUGAAGACAUGGAGAAAAGUGGAGACCAGGAAAUGCCACAACAGGAUUCUCCUCGUGACACUCGUCUGCCAGAAACGUACCAAGGUGCCCGAAGAGAUGUGAAUUUAAACCCUCGAGUAGUGCUUGGUGAACGCUGCAAAACCAGUCAUACCAUAAAUGAGGAUUUAGACUUCAUAGAAACCAAGACAGUAAAACCAUCAACAAAAGCACCUGCAUCCCCUGCCAAACCUCCCAAGCAAAUCAGACCACCGGCAAACAGACAUGACGUGCCGAAGCCCAAGAUCACCAGCAUCAAAGACUACAAGAGGACAAUGGAGCUCAAAGCCAAGAGCACUGCCUCAUCUGUAGAUGUACCCAGAGUUAAUUACCGUGUUCCAAGCGUGUAUCCAGCCUCGGUGAAAUCUGAGACAGUACUGCGACGUGUAAAUAACAUUCCUCCACAAUCUGUUCGUCACAAAAAACAAGAUUGUAUAAAGAAACUUGAUGUUACCAAGAGAAGCUCUGGAAGUUCCUCCAGAGGAUUCAAGUCAUGUUUAUGGAUUUUGGUUCUCCUGGUGCUGUUCAGCUCUGCCACCUUGAUGGCAUACAAGUUCAUUCCUGUACUCCAAAAGAGGGAUGCUGCUGGGGGAUCUCCAUCUAGGAUUGUAAAACCAGAAAAGUUUUCUGAUCACUUGUCUCUUCUUGAGACUCAGUUUCCCAGUCAGCAACCUGAGUUGUGGAAGAAAAGCAAGAUCCACCUGGAGAAGCACCUGAGAACAGAACAUCCCAAAGAGCCAGUCAGUCUGAUUUUGACUGCAGGCCGAACUGCUGAGAGGACGCUGCGCUGCCUAGCUCAAGGUCUGGCCUCCUCGUUCUCGUCUGCCCUCAAUGCCUCCAUCCUCCAUAUCAAUGGAACAAGUAAAGCCGGCCAGGACAGCGAUGAGGUGAAGCUGGACAUUGACACCCAGCUGCAAGCAGCCUUUGAGGGUGAAAAACCUGUGGCAGUCAUUCAUCGUUUUGAAGAUCUGCCUCCAGGCUCCACCCUCAUAUUUUAUCGCUACUGUGAUCAUGAGAACGCUGCAUACAAGCGAGUGUUCCUGUUGUUCACUGUGCUACUGCCUCAAGAUGAGGUCAGGGGUGGGCUGAGCCUAAAGGAGGUGGAGGAGAUGGUGCAAGACUAUGUUAAAGAAAGGCUGGUGGGGUCCAGCAGCCAAGCUGCCUUCAAUACAAUGGAUGCUGACAAGUUCGGAGGACUUUGGAGUCGCAUCUCCCAUCUAGUCCUGCCUGUGGUGUCUGAGGUGGAGGUAGAGCAGAAAGGAUGCUGAUGAAACAAGGUGGCAUCUCUAAAGAUGUCAAAUUACCACAGUGGACCAGACUGAUUAUUCCUAGCACUGCAGGAGCUAUGAAACUGAAGUAACAUGGAAUUAUACUGUAACGUUUGCUGUGAUAUUUCACAUAUAGACAGGUUUUAAAGUGUUUGAAGGAUGUGCUAAUCUUUCAUCAGAGAUGAGAUCAUGCUCGAGUUGUAGUCAAAUGCUAGUGACAGUAUAACUGGACAGAAGAUGUACAACAGUUUUUACAUUUGCCCACAUGUACAGACUUUGCAUCAAGAUGUAACAACAGUGUCACACCAUCAUUCAACUUUUAAAGUAUGUUGAUGUCAAAUCCGUUUUCUCAUUUACUUUGUUCAACUGCUUUUUAAUGCAUUUCCCAUCUAAGAAGAGUUUUCAUUCAGCUUUAGCGACACCAGGUGUUUCUUUGGAACUAGCAAAUGCUUCAUUUUUUUUAGUUUCUGUGGACAUUUUUGUUUCAGGUGGAAAUUAACAUUUCUUGUGUCAAAUCUCUGAGACGACUGUUGGCCCCCUGCAGAAGUGUCGCUUCAUUUAACUCCAGUGUGUGAGCAUUUGGAUUAGUUUUGCACUGAAAAUGUUUGUUUUCGCUUUGACUGUUCAUCCUAUUGAUAGUGCUGGCUUUUAUUAAGAUGAAUAUUUUAUAUGCUUUGUUUUUUCCUGAAUUUGUAUAUUUGAGGUGUUUCCUAGUUUUUGAUAGCUGUGUAUAUAUACAUAUAUGUGUAUAUAUAUUGGAUAUAAAAAGAUUUGUUCUGUGAACCUGCUGUCAAGGAACCAUUGAAUUGUAUCUACAUUGUUGUAAACUUAAAAACCUGCAAGUUUUUCAAUUUGUAAAAAUAUUUUGACUGAAUAUGUCACAAGUUGUGCCUUAAAAAUGAAGAUUAGACUAAAGUUCUGAGUAUGUUGAUGCCUGUCUCUUGACAAAAUCAAAAUUCAACAAAGGUGUCUUGCUUAUAAAUCUUUCUUAUUUGUGCUAAAUUCAAAUGUCCAUAUUGUGUUCUUUUCUGUGAUACCACUCAUUCCUCUUAUGUUAUCAUUCUGUGUUGAAAUUUGUACUCUUAAAAAAAAAAAAAAAAUCUUACUAUUUUCCAAUAAAGAUUAUUUUGAUACUUAGA